AUGCCGUACAAGUGUUGUGUGCCGCAGUGCCGCGGCAAUUAUGACUCGACACGCAAGGUGCGCGUUUUCCGGUUUCCCCACGACGAGGAACUGUGCAGGAAAUGGGUGCGCGCUGUACCGCGAGAGAACUUCAGUCCGACACAGUAUUCCAGGGUUUGCGAGCUGCACUUCCAACCCGAAGACAUAAUGUACGAGACUUCGUACGUCGACGAUCGAACAGGGCGUACGGUAACGGCGCCUUUGCCCAGUUCCCGCAUUCGUCCUGGUGCUGUGCCUUCGAAAUUUCCGGCCUGCCCAUCAUAUUUCUCAAAAGAGAGCACGAGCAGAGAAAGCCCGGACUCGAAGCGGAAGCGGUUUGAAGCGGAAGCCCUCCAGGCAGCUAUUGCAGAAUCUAUUGCAGCUAUUGCUAAAUGGCAAAUGCUAACGCUCGUGUACGAGUAG